CAAUUGUGUAGAUGCCCUCCAGAGCAAAAAACCCCUCUCUUCCUGGCUCCUAGUCCUAUGCGUGCGGUUGGAGUUGAGGGUUUUGGUUCAUCUCACUCCUCUCCUCUCCACUCCACCAUCGUCGGGGGCGCAUUCGAUUUCCUAGUUUGGAUACCUUCCUUCCUACUUCUCCUUCGCGCCGCUGAGUGUUUGGUGUGCUUUGCCGAAGAUUUCAGUUAGCCUGUUUCUGGAGAUGCAAGGCGUGAGGAAAUCGGCCCUUCUCUUGAGAUCUCGGAAUGGGCUGUCCUCCCUCCUGGGGCCAAACCCUGCAAAAAAGUGCUUAGCUCAUGUUGGUUUUUCAUCGUCGACCCUUGUUACUGGGAAAGCUGCAAUUUCCCGGCCGACAAUAGGGGCAAGUUUCGUUGGCAGUCUCCACCUUCUGUAAUUAUGUCUUUUUCACGAAUUUAGCGUCCGCUCAGCGUAGUGCCGCUAUUAGUUUUCAUUUUACAGUCUUUGUAAACAAGAUGAGAUGAGAGUAUAAGGAUCAAGCAGAAGUAAUGGUGCUUCUUUAUGUUUUUCUCUUAGAGAUGGUACCUACCUUGUUCAGUCAUGAGUUUAUGCUAGUUCUGUAGCUCAUUUUUGUCCUGCUCCUGGUUCUUCUUAACUGCCCUAUCCACGUUUCAUCGCAAUAGCAUGGUCCAUUACUCAAUCUUGUCAGAAUCGUAGCUGGGGUCAUGUAAAGCUAACAUUCAGCUUACUUCCAUUUUACCAACGGUUGUGCAGAUACCAAUGCCUUCUAAGUCGGGGUUUCUGAGGCAUUUCACUGCUGGUGCCGCGCAUAUUGCUCAGUUGGACUCUCGUCAAGCAAAUGGACUCCUUGUUUUUCAUGGUAGAUGGAAUUGCAGACAAUCCUCCACAGCAGGAUUUAGAAGUUCAUGCCAACUUCUGCAAAGAAAUUCAACAAACAGCAGUAGUCGAUUCUCUGCCAGAUCCUUUGCAUCAAGAAUGUCUAGGAGAGCUGAGCAGAAACAGUCCGAGACCAAAAAAGAUGUGUCCACAGUUGAGGAUCCUUUUGAUGCUCCCACCUACAAUAUCCCAGAGAAGCCUGUUACAUUUACAGAGGGCGCUUCCUACACUUUGGUAAUCCUAGUAGGCCUAGGGUUAGCAGCAGCUGCAGGUUAUGCUGUUUUCAAGGAACUGAUCUUUGAACCUAAAGAGUACAAGAUCUUUAACAUGGCUUUGAAGAGAAUUCAAGAUGAUGGUCAGGUGCGAGUGAGGAUUGGAUCUCCUAUUACGGGUUAUGGUCAGGAAAGCAGGAACAGAGCUGCUCGUCAGAGAAUUCCAAACAAGAUAUACACAGACGAAGAUGGCGUUGAGCAUGUCCUGGUAAGCUUUCAUAUCAGGGGGCCACAUGGAGCUGGCAAGGUUUCAGCUGAAAUGUUCAGGGACAAAGUUGACAAGCAGUGGAAGUAUACAUACUUGAUCGUUCAGAUCACACACCCUUCACAAUCUCAACUCAUUCUGGAGUCUUACAUACCAGCUGCUGCACCAGUUCCAGCAUAAGCUAACUGACCCAAGGUUGCAAAUCCUUGAGCCAUCAUAGUAUUACUGAUCAUGGA